AUGUCAGACGAAAUCUAUGAAAACAGCGAUGGAUUUAGAGGCAAAAAAAUCUAUAAAAUAAAUACAAUAGAGAACAUGGAUAUUAAUGAUGAAAUAUACAACAACGAAAGACCCAGCAUGCCCCGCAAGAAGGAUGAUGUUGGUGAUCAACAUUCAGUGUCUUGUCAGUGGUGGAAGAGAUACUCUGGAGCUGCUGCAGUGUGUCUGGGGCUGCUGUGUGUUCUCCUACUGGCUGGGAUCACAGGCCUGUUACUCUACCAGAGAAACCAAUUGACCAGUUAUAACAGCCUGACCAAAGAGGGAGACCAGUUACAGACAAGCGACAACAACCUGACUGCAGAGAGAGACCAGCUACAGACUAGCAACAACACCCUGACCAAAGAGAGCUACCAGCUACAGACCAGAUACAACACCCUGACCAAAGAGAGAGACCAGCUACAGACCAGAUACAACAACCUGACUGCAGAGAGAGACCAGCUACAGACCAGAUACAACACCCUGACCAAAGAGAGCUACCAGCUACAGACCAGAUACAACAGCCUGACCAAAGAGAGAGACCAGCUACAGAAAGAGAGAGAACGUCUGAAACAAUCUUUAGUUGAGAAAGAGAGAAACCAAUUGACCAGUUAUAACAGCCUGACCAAAGAGGGAGACCAGUUACAGACAAGCGACAACAACCUGACUGCAGAGAGAGACCAGCUACAGACUAGCAACAACACCCUGACCUUAGAGAGAGACCAGCUACAUACCAGCGACAACACUCUGACCAAACAGAGAGACCAGCUACAGACCAGAUACAACACCCUGACUAAAGAGAGAGACCAGCUACAGACCAGUUACAACACUCUGACCAAACAGAGAGACCAGCUACAGACCAGAUACAACACCCUGACCAAAGAGAGAGACCAGCUACAGACCAGAUACAACACCCUGACCAAAGAGAGAGACCAGCUACAGACCAGAAUCUACACCCUGACCAAAGAGAGAGACCAGCUACAGAAAGAGACAGAACGUCUGAAACAAUCUUUAGUUGAGAAAGUGUGUCCUCAAGGAUGGAAGAAGCUUGGUAGCAGUUGUUACUACGUCUCUACUGAGUUCAAAUCCUGGGAGGAGAGCAGACAGGACUGCAGAGACAGAGGAGCAGACCUGGUGGUCAUCAAGAGCCAAGAACAACAGAUAUUUGUCAAUUGGUUAUGUGGAGUACAGAAAUAUGUCUGGAUUGGUCUGACUGACUCUGUUACUGAGGGGACCUGGAAAUGGGUGGACGACACACCACUGACCACAAAGUAUUGGUACAGUGGAGAGCCUAAUGGUGGAAGAGCUGAGAACUGUGCGUAUUUCUACUCCUGGUCAUCAGACACAGGAGAAUGGUGGGACUAUGACUGUUCCUAUAAAUACAGAUGGAUCUGUGAGAAAUAGGAUUCAUCCUCUGUACUCUCUGAACUACUAAAUAAGAUUAUGCUAAGUACUAUCAAUGAGAAACUAUUUUCUGCUUAUUCAAUAUACCUUGUCAAGUACAUACAAUAUAUAACAAUACAAAUGUAUAAUACAUUAUAAUAAAAAUAACAGACCAUAUGCAAUAGCAAUACAAUUAAUUGAUAACUCAGAAAGACUGUUCUCUCUGUUAUCGUGGA